CCGCCAGCUCGGCCGCCACCGCUGAGGUACCCAUGGAUCUGACGAUUGCUGCUGCUCAAGUACCUAUCGAUCUGCCGAUCAGCCUCAACAACCGCGUCACGCUGAGGGCUCCGACCACCGUGCCGACCACCGUGCCGACCACCGUGCCGACCAGCGUUCCGACCAGCGCCGCUAGCCCCUCCACUAAGCAGACGACCGCAGAUCGCCCCGAGCCCAGCUCGUCCUCCACACCCAUCCCCGUGACGCCGCUGCCUGAGAUGGCAACCGCCUCUUCCUCCGAGAGGAGCGCGACGCCGGAGGACGGGCCGGAGUCGCCCACGGAGGACCCGCUGGAGGAGGACGAGGCGCCGGCGGCACCGCGGGUUGCCGCUGUCCUCUCCGGGAGUGGGCGACCUCCCCAGCCUUCCUCGGAGGAGGCGGUCGAGGCCGCGCCGCACCCUGCCAUGAUCGCCACGCCUGGUAGUCUGCUGCCUGUGGCUUUGCCGCUCACCACCUCCCUGCUGGUGGGACCGGAUAUCUCGUCUGAGAAGGUGCGGCUGAUGAUGGAGGAAGAAGAGGAGGCGGUGGAGCCGCAGAAGUACGACGUCGUGUUCGGGCACAACUGGCAGAGUCGUCAUGCCUAUCAGACAGAAGCCGUGCCCCGCCUUCCGCCGCCACAGGACGCCAUCUGUACGCCGCGCUCGACAGUGGUGGCUGUGGCGAUCACGGUGGCGCUGGCCCAGCUGGGCCUCGUGCUGGGCGGGCUGGGCCUGUACCGGCUGAAGCGCAGCCGCUGGGCGGCCCAGCUCCGUCCGGUCAGCGCGCCGCCGCCGGCCGGGGACGUCAUCUACGCCAGUCCACAGGAGCUGGGCUACGGCCGCGGCUGCGGCGCGCACGAGCUGGGCCUGGGCCGCGGCUACAGUCGCUUCGGUCGCGCGCUGAAGCCUGAUUUUCCAGUGCCGCUGCCCCGCGCGAGCACCUGAGCGCCACUUACGGGGCUCGGAGGCGCGCGGAGCGACUGUUCAAACCAUUGGCACGUGCCUAGUCAG